UGUCCCUUCAUCUCCACCCCACUCCUGCACUCUCCCCGCCAUUUCCAUUUGGCAACUCUCUCCCCACUUGCGCAUCGUCAUCUUGCCAGAGGCAACUGACACCAAUCAUUCACUGUACGCGACGCGUCAUGCAACCACACCGGCGCACGCUGGCUCCAAGUGGGCCGGCCGGAAAUUCGGCCAUGGUGCCCGCUGCUCCCGCAGCCGCCCCUCCUCCGACCUCUAUGAGGAAGGCUCCUCAGCGCAGCAGCGGCUUACCUCGGGCAUCAAUGGCGUCUCAUCCUUAUGCUUCUCAGUCGCGUUUAUCUACUGCCGCGGGCGAAGGCUUGCUACAGAAGAGGCGCAGUAUGAUGGCACCGAGCCGCCCAGCAGAUUCUCUGCUUUCCUCAAGUGCAACUCGCGCCGACGUCGCUUUGAAUGGCAAGACACCCCAGUCGGGGCGUGCUCUUAAUCCGAUUCGUCGAGCAUCUGCGCUAGGCCCCACAGUAGGACGGCAAUCCACGCUUGCACCAUCAUACGGGUCCUUCCCUUUCAAGGAUCCACGGCCUGUCAAAACCCCCGCUUUCACGGCCCAGUGCAAAGAGAAGAUUGCCGGCUACCUGGCGCGCAGCCGGGCGCAAUUGCCGCUGAGUGCCAACUGGCAAUCGUCCCCUACUACACGUGAAUUUAAAGAUCUUUUCCGAUAUCUGGCUACCGAGCUCAUCGGCCCCAGCUUUCCAUGGGGGAAGAGCUUUGAGAAAGACUGCUUGUCCAUCCUGCGCGAUCUUCACUAUCCUGUGCUGGACACGAUCAGCAAGACUGCCGUCACUGUCCCAGGGAGUCAGCAGUCUUGGCCUUACAUCCUCGCCAUGCUGGAUUGGAUGGUAGAGCUGUGUAAAGCCCAGCAACGUUGGCAUGACCCGGAGUCAGUGUCUGACCCGCUCCUAUGUCACGCGAGUGAGCUAUCUCUCCAGCAUCCACAACUGGAAGAGCGGCUCUUCUGGGAUUUUGUGUCUGAAACGUACGCCGAGUGGUUCGAAGGUGAAGUAGAGGAAUUCGAAACAGCUCAGCGUCAGCUGGAAGAAGCUUACGGUGAGUCACUAUUAGCCGCCACUGUUGACGGUUCAGAUCGCAUUGCGGCGUCUUCGGUUGAAGAGUGCAGCCGCCUGGAACGUGACAUUGGCGAAAGGGAGUCAGAGUUGCAAAAGCUUCAGAGCGACGACUCGCCGAUCAAAGCGAUUGAUGAGGAAUACGACCGAUUCAUGAGCGACAAACUCAAGUUUGACAACUUCAUCGAGAAGCAUCGCGAGAAGGUCGACAACCUCAAUCAUCGCAUCGAGGGUGUACGUGGGGCCAUCGAGGACAUUGUGAAGCGAACCACCACCACGCGUCAGCAUCUCAUGGAUGUCGAGGCCGAGGUUGCUGCACAGAACUUGUCACCAGAUGAGAUCAGCCGCAUGCAACAUGACAAGGUUGCCCUCACCCAACAACUUCAUGACAUCGGCACCAAGAUCGCCGAGGUCAAGCGUCAGUGCCACGACCAGGAAAUGCGCGUAACCAACUGUAUGGACGAAUGCGAUCAACACCUCGACUCUUACGAUCUUCUCGGUAGUCGAAUUGGCACGCUGGGAGUGAUCGCCGAUCCUCUGCCGCCCGGGCUUGUUCGAAUCGACUAUUCGCUUAGCAUCGACCUCGGCGCUGAUGACGUUCAGGCGAUUCUGCGGAGUGGGCGUGCAAAGCUGGAGACGAUACGGCCCGCCCUGGACAGUUAUGCUCAGGGAUCGCGAGACCAGAUCGAUAAGCUUUGCGAGGAGGAAACGACUCUCGAGCGAAAGCACCAAGAUGUGGCUGAAAGUGUGGAUAACAGGCGGGAAGAGGUUCUCCGGCGGCAAAUUCGCUACGACAAGGAACGCAAGCAAGUCGACGAGCAAAGGGAGCUGCUGAAAGAGGAGAAGAGUGAGCACGGCAUGGCACUAGCCAAUUUGGAAGCCGAAGUUCGAGGAAAUGGACUGCCGCACGGUGGUGUGGUGCAGGCCAAGGCGCGCCUCGAAAGGUCAAGGAUGGUAUUCGAGAGCUUGCUGCAGAAGACGCAGCAGCUUCAAGUGCGAGCCCUCACGGAACUUCUCGGACACGUGGAGGCGGUCUCGUCGUGCAAGGGUCGGACUGAGGAAAGUCUUGAGUCGGUCAUGCGCUUUGCUGAGCGUCAAGAUUGAAGAACAUAGUGAAGUUUGAUAAUGGGGGCGUGGGUUUGAGACGUGCGUGAAAUUACGUGAAAUCCGAGGCCAUCUCCACGUCCACAGUCGGAGUGGACGCGACCUUGCUCCCUAACUGUUCUAUAGAUGCUUGGGUGCCGCGUAUGUACUAUAUCUCUAACUACUGCAGUGCUGGGAGGAUUGGAUAUGCCAGCGGUCAAUAGACUAUAGGCCACGAUACCAUGUACUCCCAG